CGAAAUGUGUUCAAGGCGUGGGGACAUUCUUAGCAUGCUUUGCGGACGGGCAGCAGCAGCUUGACAGAACAAGAUUGCAGACUGUGAAAGGAGACAGAAAGUCCAGAUGAUGGCGUGCUGGGCGCGUCUUCUGCAAAUCUGGCAGCUCAGCUCUGGCGCGCCCCUAACGGAGUGUGGAUCCUCCGUGGGUACCUUGCUGUUGACCAGCGGUGAAAGUUGGUCAUGGAGGAAAACGUCGAGCCGGCUGGAAUCAAAUUGGUGUCACCUAGGAGGAUACGGCGCCUGCGGGCAGAUGAAGAUGUACAAACAGUGUAGAACAACCUAUUCACAUGUAUAAAAUAGCUUCUCCUCAAAUUUUCGCUGCAUAUGUCGGCUUCACUAUGCCGAAUAUGAUCUCAACGGAUCAGCC